UUUUUUUUCUCUCUCUAAUCACACCAAUCACCUCCUCCUCUCUAACUUUCGGCAAACCUUCAUGCUGCUAAACCAUCGUUUAAUUUUAUAUCAGCAGGCGUUUGACCUCAAUAUGUCUUUCCCUGGCAACCAAACGCCACCGACUGCCUCCCACCCCACCCCAACCCCACGUCUACUAAACCCAAAUCAACAAACAAACUGAUAGAUAGAUAGUACAACCUUCCUUCCUUCCUUCCUUCUGCAGUCGACAGUCAGCUGCUGAAUGAUAAUUGCUUCCCAAUAAAUUCAAAGACACACCCACCCACCCACCUCCUUCCUUUGAACAGGUCUUCUUUCUGCUCAGAGCUUUUAUCUAUUCAUCUCUCUGAUCCAAUCGAAGACGUCCAGGACUUGUGCUUCUCAGUCAAACCAACUGAUCACUCAUAUUUCUUGCUGGGAUUUGAUCUGGCUAUUUCUUCAGAUAUGCAUGCCCACUCACAAAACUAUGGUGAUCAUUUCAAGAUGGAAGACUAUGAGAUCCUUGAGCAGAUUGGCAGAGGCGCCUUCGGACCUGCGUUUCUUGUGCUUCAUAAACCUCACAACAUCAAGUAUGUCCUCAAGAAAAUUAGUCUCCCUAAUCACACCACAGACAAAUUCUGGCGAACCGCCCACCACCAAAUGGAUUUAAUUGUGAAGCAACGACAUCCAUACCUCGUCGAGUAUCAAGAUUCUUGGGUGAACGACCAGGAUAACUGUAUAUGGAUCGUUACCAACUAUUGCCAAGGGGGAGACAUGUCUAAGAUGAUAAGGAGAGGAAGGGGAUCAUAUUUUCCUGAGGAGAAAAUAUGCAAAUGGCUUACUCAGUUGUUAUUAGCCAUCAAUUAUCUACAUUCGAAUCGAGUCAUUCACCGCGAUCUAAAGCUGUCUAACAUAUUCCUUACAAAGGAAAACGAUAUCCGUCUUGGCGAUUUCGGACUGGCCAAGCUUCUUGACGAAGGAGGUCUCACCUCAUCGGUUGUUGGAACCCCCAACUAUAUGUGCCCUGAGCUUCUUGCAGAUAAUAUCCCAUACGGCUAUAAAUCAGACAUAUGGUCUCUCGGUUGUUGCAUGUUCGAGAUUGCAGCACACCAGCAAGCAUUCAGAGCUUCUGACAUGUCGGGACUCAUCAACAAGAUCAAUCGAUCUUUGAUCUCUCCGCUACCUAUUAUAUACUCGUCCACUCUAAAACAGAUCAUCAAGAGCAUGCUAAGGAAGAGUCCCGAGCACAGGCCUACCGCAGCCGAGCUGCUAAGACACCCGCAUUUGCAGCCAUACCUUCUUCGCUGCCACAACCCCUCGACUGUAUUUCUUCCUGUGAUGUCUCCAUCUCCUAAAAACACAAAGGAGAAAACAAAGAAAACGGCAACUAGCAACAGCUCAGGGAAAAGGAAAGACGCGAAAGAAAGAGAGGCUAAACUAAAACAAAGGGAUCUGCUACCAUUAUUUGAUGAGAAUACAGAUGUUCAGUACCCGAAUUUGCUGGAAGGCGAUGUCUUGAUAGAAGACAGGCUUGAGACGAAGAGGGUCGAUCCGACAAGCUAUUCUGGAAAGGCUUCUCAUGACAGCGAAGAUUCUAAAAGCGGCGACACAAGAUGUGAGACUACUGCUUGCAUUGCAGAUGAUCCACUGGAGUCUUCCUCACUUAAGAGGAGCUUUGAUGUAAAGGAUGAUUUGCCUGCAUUAUCCAAUAAAGGGUUGAUGGCAGAAUUGUCAUGCACUCCCCAGCAACCUGCAAAACUAGAAGUCGAUGAUGAGAAUGUCACUAAGGAAAUUGAGAAUAAGCAAGAAGAUACCGUGACUUUUGCCGCCAAAGUUGUGUCUUUUAUUGAAGAAGACACAUUGCUGGCUAAAGGAACCACAAAAUGUGCAGCUGAUAAGAUAGAAGUCAUGAAUGCUUCCGGCGAAUCCGAAUGUAAUGCUCUAUCAUCUGCAGUUCUACCAAACCUCGAUGUCGAUAAUGCAGGAACUCAAGCAGACAAUUCAAUUGAGUUGAGACAAACUGAUAAAGAGGACGAACAGCAGUCACAUCAACAAUCCAAUUAUAAUGAUCAAGGCAAUGAGGAAAGUAAGAAUGAAUCUGAAAUCCCUGUGCCACAGAGAGCUGAUGCUUUGGAAUCAUUGCUGGAGUUAUGUGCAAAAUUGCUGAAGCAGGACAAGUUCGAUGAACUGUCAGGGGUGCUGAAGCCAUUCGGGGAAGGAGUUGUAUCUUCAAGAGAAACAGCAAUCUGGCUGACUAAAAGCCUCAUCAAUGCACAGAAACUCCCCAAAGAAUCCUAAUUAUAAAAAAGCAAUGAGUGAAUAUGGUGCCCUUUUUUUAAGUCUUUUUAAGUUAUGGUUACAUGAAGAAUGUGUGCUGUGUAUGUUCUUGGGAUUGAACUUGUAAUUAUUAUUGAGUGUGUUGAAUGAAUGGAUUACAAUUUUUGAUUA